CGCGUAGCUUUUGGAUAUACGCAUAAACGGGUCGAUAGUCCCGAGCUUCAUUGCAUGCUUGUAUAAUGGGAGGUCAAUGUGACUUUGUUUUUUUUUAUUAUGGAGAGAGACUAGUUCGUAUAUGCGUAGAUAAGGAUCGUUUUAAUUUUAGAGAGAGAGAGAGGAUGUUUUUUUCUGAGGUUUUGAUUGCACAGUGGGAUGUGGGUGAUUCGAGGAAGCUUUUUUGAUUCCUUGAGAGAAAUUCUGGGGGUGGGAAGGUUUUCUGAUUUAUAUAAAUGGCUUCGGUAAGGCAUAUUUGCUGGUUGUCUUAUCAGGCGGUGAUAAUCGUUUUUCAAAUAUACAAUAUUCACGCCUUAUCUGCAGAAAUGUGGUAACACAUGUGUAUCUUGCCUCUAUAUACGUCUAACUUCAAGAUAGUGACACAUUUCUUUGGGCAAAAUCUUGAGUACCUUUAAACUAACUAUGUGAUUGGACCUCACCCGAGGAAAGUACAAGAUUAGAAAAAACCAAAGUAUAAUUAUUAAUAUUAAAAAUGGAUGAAUGCUAUGAGAAAAGACUGCUAAAGCAAGCGAACAGUGAGCCGCCUCAAGCUAUGGAGAGCUGUUCGCUGCCGACACCACCUACCCCUAUCUUCUAUUCUCCCACAAAGAUGUCAAACAACAGUUUUGACCGAUUCAUCCCAACAAGACUGGGCAACAACUGGCAAACAACUUUCUCCAUGAUUUCUGAGAGUAAUCGAACCGGAGUUGUAAACAAAAAGACCAGAGAAAAUAAUGGUGAAGGGAGUCGCGAUGGAAUAGCUUACUCCUGCCUGUUGAAGAAUGAAUUGUUAGGUGCCAGCAUAGAGGACGUAAAAGGCCAGUGUGAAGAGCGUAGAAUAUUGUCUCCCCUGGCAGGCAAAAAUCUCUUCAAGUUCACAACACCAACAAAAGAUAAGGCACUGCUCGAUCAGACCUCACCUUACUCGCUCUCGCCGCUCAGUGCCAAGAGUCAGAAGCUUCUACGAUCGCCCAGGAAAGCCACGCGAAAGAUCUCCAGGAUCCCGUUCAAAGUGCUGGACGCCCCUGAACUACAGGACGAUUUCUAUCUGAACUUAGUGGACUGGUCGUCACAGAACGUGCUUAGUGUAGGACUGGGCAGCUGCGUGUAUCUAUGGUCGGCUUGUACGAGUCAAGUAACGCGAUUGUGCGAUUUGUCUGGAGACGGAAACAGCGUCACCUCGGUAGCCUGGAACGAGAGGGGAAACCUCGUCGCAGUCGGUACGAAUCUCGGCUACAUUCAAGUCUGGGAUGUCGCGGUGAACAAGCAGGUGAAUAAGUUGCAGGGGCACAGCGCGCGCGUAGGCGCGUUGGCUUGGAACGGCGAGGUGCUAUCGUCGGGCUCGAGGGAUCGGCUGAUCUUGUUACGCGACGUGCGUACGCCCUGUCUCGUGAGCGAACGUAAGCUCGGAGCUCAUCGGCAGGAAGUCUGCGGUCUCAAGUGGUCCCCCGACAACCAGUACCUCGCCAGUGGUGGAAACGACAACCGCCUCUACGUCUGGAACUUGCACUCGCUAUCGCCAGUUCAGACCUACACCGAGCAUCUCGCUGCCGUCAAGGCUAUCGCCUGGUCGCCACAUCAUCACGGAUUAUUGGCUUCCGGUGGUGGAACCGCCGAUAGGUGCAUAAGGUUCUGGAACACGCUUACGGGCCAGCCCAUGCAGUGCGUCGACACGGGAUCGCAGGUGUGUAAUUUGGCGUGGAGCAAACACAGUUCGGAGUUAGUCAGCACGCAUGGUUACUCGCAAAAUCAAAUUCUCGUUUGGAAGUAUCCAAGCCUUACGCAAGUAGCUAAAUUAACUGGACAUUCGUAUAGAGUUUUGUACUUAGCGAUGUCGCCCGACGGUGAGGCAAUCGUUACUGGAGCCGGCGACGAAACUCUGCGCUUCUGGAAUGUGUUCAGCAAGGCACGCAGUCAGAAGGAGAACAAGUCUGUACUCAAUCUUUUCACCAGCAUUCGAUAAGGAACGCAAUCAAGCACCUUCGUUAUUUCGUGUGUUGUAUAUAAUUCAAGAAGUCAGAAUCUUGAUGUGAAAAUUAUUCACAGCAAAGUAUUUCAGUACAAUUUGGUCAUUAGGAAAAUUAGUUUUUUGGGGUACCUUUCGCGUCGCGCCUAUAUAAGAAUGACAUUUUUACGACACUUUUAUUCGUAUAAUAUUUACAUUUUUUUGUACCUUUUUGACAACUUUUUCUUUUAACGCGCGCGAAGUGAAAAAGAUUUACUACUGUAUAGCAGCUAUUGGAAAUGUUUUCUUAAUAUGAGAAAAAAUUGUUUUCUCGGAAUUAGAGACCAAAGAAAUAAUAUUAUUAAGAGAAAAUUUUAAUUUUCAUAUGUAGUAGAUUUUUUAUCAUCUUAUUUACACAAGCAAGUAUUUUGUAGGAAAAUUUAAUUUUUAGAAAUUUUUCUUAUACUAUUUUGAUUUAGAUUUCUUAUAAGUUAUUUAUUAUUCGAGAGUCGGUACUUAAAAAAAGCUCAUCAGCAUGACUUCCAGAAAACUAAUUGUUCCAAAAUAUGACCAAAUCUAGGUUGAAAUUACUUCGAUUUAUAUAUAUAUAUAUAUAUAUAUAUAUAUAUAUAUAUAUAUACAAAUCAUAUAUUAUAAAUAUAUAUAAAGAAAACUAUAUUAGAACGAGUACAGAAUCGUGGUAGGUAAAUAAUUCGCGCUACGUGAUUUUUUUAAGUUCCCUAAUGCACAGUCCGCAGCAUACCGAGUCAUCUGUGCAAUAUUUUUCUUGUAUGGAGCUUUCCUUUAUUUUUUUAAGAUCAAAAAUAUAUUACAUGCAUUCGUCUGUGCAUUGUACAGGUGUAAUGAAAUGUGGUAAUCGAUUAACCUUAUUAUUAACUAAUACUAGUUAGACAAAUUUUCAAAGUAACAAAUUUAUUUUGGUUUUUACCAACAGGAUUCAGUAAAACUAUUAAACGUAAACUUUUUGAACCAUCUUUAGGGUGUGAUUUUUUUCAAAUUGAAUGCUAUAAUGCUGGUAAUCCCUUUUCUAAUUUGUAUUGCUUAUGAUCAUACAAAAAUUACUAGUUAAUGCAUACAAGUUAAAAAUAAACAAAGGUUUGUUUUUAACUUUUAUGUAGCUUUUGAAAAAUAAAGUUUAUAAUGUGAUAACACAAUUAACAAAAAAUAUACAUUGUUACAUCAGAUUCAAAAAGUUAACUUUUAAGCAUAGUUUUUUCAAUCUAUUCGAGUGAGCAUUAAUAAAAUCAGAAAAAUAUGUCGUUUCAUUUGAAAAAAAGAAUUGUCACCUUAAUUCAGGCUUAGACAAGUUAUUCUUUAGACGGUAUUGUGUUUCAUUAAAAACGGCAGAGGCUGCAGAAAAAUUAUGUGCUGUGUCUGCUCAGGUAUUCGCAAAAGCUGGUUAAGCAAGCGCUAAAAAUUUAUAAUACGUACGCGUAACUUUUUUAUACGCAAGAACUCGUGUGUUAAUUAAAAUAUGAAUUUUUUCAUUUCGGAAUUUGUAGGACAAAAAUCCGCGCGAACUUAUACCAUGCGAAAUUAGUCAUUUUUACAAAUCUAAGUUAAAGGGACACAGUUUCUUUAUAAAGCAAAUUUAUGUAUGUAAAAUAUAUAAUUAAUCUAAUUUAAUGGACUUAACAAAGUGCAGAUAAUUAACAUACGGAUUGAGUUAAUGAGUACAUAUACAUAUAUGACAAUCCGAUUCACGAAAAUUUGGAAAAUAUAACGAAUUAUAAGAAUGAUUCUGCGGUUGUACAGUACCGUCUUGACAUGGUUUUGAAGAAAAUGUAUUACAACGCUCGAAAAAUAUACAUAAACUUUUGAUUAAUGAA